AUGACGACUCCAGCACGAAGACGCCUGAUGCGUGACUUCAAAAAGCUCCAGGACGAUCCACCAGUUGGCGUAAGCGGUGCGCCAAGCGAGAAUGAUGUGCUCGUCUGGGAGGCGGUAAUUUUCGGCCCACAAGGUACACCGUUCGAAGAUGGGACGUUUAAACUGUCGCUCCAGUUCUCCGAGGAUUAUCCGAAUCGUCCACCGAUCGUCAAAUUUGUCUCAAAAAUGUUCCAUCCGAAUAUUUACGCCGAUGGUGGUAUCUGUCUGGACAUAUUGCAGAGCCGUUGGUCACCAACCUACGAUGUGUCCGCAAUUCUUACUUCGAUCCAGUCACUUCUCGAUGAGCCGAACCCAAACAGCCCAGCAAAUGCGUUAGCCGCACAGUUAUUCCAGGAGAACAGGCGUGAAUACGAGAAGAGGGUGCAACAAACAGUUGAACAGUCCUGGGUAAUGUCCGAGCCAUCCGAGGGAGAACUGGGACGCAAAGAAGGUACGGAAACAUCUACGGAUCAGCAGCAUAACGAAAGCAAUGACCCUCAGACACCACCGGACACUGCUCGAUGA